AUGGUGAGCAAGGAAAACAGCAAGGUCGUGCUAUCCAACUCAGAGUCCGAUUCAGAGGCAGGCCCGUCACAAAGCCUGGAGGUGCAGUACGGUCCUGACGGCAAACAGCAGGUGAAGAAGAGGAACAAAGCCUUACAAGUCCGCUUCAAGGACAUAUGUGACGCCCAGAAGGAGCAGCGGGCAGGGGGGCGAGGAGCCAGGUCCAUUUCCUGUAAAGUGGCUUACAGGAAGUACAUGACGAUGCCUGCGCGGCGCUCCAUCCCCAAUGUGACUAAGAGCACAGGUGUCCAGACGUCACCGGACCUUACGAAACACUACCAGACUUUCCCCUUCGAGCGAAAAAAAGGACACACGAUCAAACACACGGCCUUGGUGGAGGACUACAAGGGCCAGAACAACGGGUUUUUGAGUGACUUGAAAGGGCAGGAGGAGGCGCUCGGUUUAGAGGAGUGCUCGUCUUCUCAGGGUGCAGGGAAGCAUGUGCGGCAGACGCAAGCACUGCUCCACCACACGGACGACAGCAGUGGCACAGAGGAUCUGUUAUCCAUUGCCAACUGUGUAGAUGGGCGUGCGUGUCCGGACUCCUCUCGCAUCACAAAGGACACAGAAUGCUUUGCAAACGACCCAACUCCCAGGGGAGAGCCAGAGAACCCUGCCUAUGGCGCGAGGACCAAACACAAAGGAUUAUCCAAAGCGGACACAAUGGGUGCCAACCCUUCUGCCAAGCGCCAGCUGGCCAACUGUGAAGAACCCUUACAGGACACAAGGUCAAAGGUCACAAGUCCAGUUGCCUGGAACUCCCUGACGCAAGUGGAAGGUCUAGGCCUAGGGAGUCCGUCGGUGCGCUGCAAACGCAAAAAGGCCAUGCAGCCCAAUGGACAACAGUCCCAGACACUGCCCCACCCCCACAGUGCUGGCUGCUCUGUAGCUAGGGUAAAGGCACAUCAGUGCCGAUCAGGGACUUUACCAACCCCAAUGAAACCCCAACCGGGCCUGGACAGCCAGGCUUGCCCCCGAGGACGGCAGGGUGCCUGCAAGGAGAUAGUGCCCUUAGCUGGGAACGGGGAUAUUAAAGAAAAGCUCCAGGCCAUGGAAAACCUCAUCAGCUCCAGUCAGGAGACCAUCAAAGUCUUACUGGGGGUCAUCCAAGAGCUGGAGAAGGGCGAGGCUCAGAGAGAAGGGCUUUCCUACCGAACAGGACAGGACACAGCCAACUGCGACACGUGUCGAAACAGUGCCUGCAUCAUUUAUAGUGUGGAGCUGGACUUCAAGCAACAGGAGGACAAAUUACAGCCCCUGAUUAAGAGACUGUGCCCCUUGGAUGACCCUCAAUACCCUGCUCUGCCUUACCCCCAUGAGGUGUUCACCUCAACCCCCAAACGCAAGUCCAAGACAGAGUCCAAAAAGCAUGGUCGCUGGAAACUCUGGUUCCUAUAAUUUAGGGAACACUUAGGAUUUUGGAACGGCUUUUUGGAUCACUUUUAUCCAUUUACUAUCUUCUCUCAAAGGGAUUUAUCAGAACAGAUUUUUGCUCCAGAUGACAGAUAACCAGAUACCA